ACAUGUUGUUUUCUCGUUCUUUCUAAAAUUCACCUUUAAAUAUGGAGAUUCGAGAGCAGUUUGCAUAGAAAGAGAGAGGCAAGCCCUUCUAAAGUUCAAAGAAGGUCUUACAGAUCCCGCCAACUUGCUAUCUUCAUGGGUGGGCCCUGAUUGCAGCAGAUGGAGAGGAGUCGUCUGCAACAACAGAACAGGGCAUGUCGUCAAGCUUGACCUCCGAAACCCACGUCCAUUCAACAUCAAUGACGAUUACGACAGGUUGUCUUUGGGUGGUGAGAUACUUCCUUCUUUGCUCGAGUCGAGGCAUUUGAACUACCUAGACCUGAGCAUGAACGAUUUCCAAGGGAUCGGCAUCCCAGACUGGAUAGGUUCGUUCAAGAAACUGAAAUAUCUUAACCUCUCAAGGUCAGGUUUUGGUGGAGCAAUCCCUCAUCAACUUGGUAAUUUGUCGAGCUUGCGUUUUCUUGAUCUCAAUAACGACCGCAGUGUGCAUUCAGAUUAUUUUCAUCCUGAAUUGGAUGCCAACAAUCUUCAAUGGCUCUCGCUUCUUUCUUCCUUGCGUUUCCUUGACAUGGGACAGGUGAACCUUAGUAUGGCAACUGAUUGGCUACAAGUAACCAAUACUCUUUCUUUAUUGGAAGAGUUACGGUUAGCCAAUUGCAAACUUCCCAACGUUCCUGCUUCCCUUCCACAUGUUAAUUUCACUCGUCUUUUCAUUCUCGAUCUUUCUUCAAACUCCAUCGAAUCAAAGAUGCCUGCUUGGUUGUUUAAUUUGAGCAGUCUUCUUUUUCUUGAUCUCAGUAAUAACAUGUUUAAUGGAAAUCUUCCAGAAAAUCUUGGUGAUAGGAUGCCUGAAUUGAAUUUCCUGUCUCUUUCUCAGAAUCAAAUCGAAGGUGGAAUCCCUCUCUCUGUGUGUAAAAUGAAAUAUUUAGUAGUUCUUGAUCUGUCACAAAAUCAGCUAUCAUCACGAAUCCCUAGAUGUUGGCAUGAUUCGAUGAUAAUAAUGGUAAUGAAUUUGGCAAACAAUAAUCUAUCCGGUGAAAUUCCUGGCUCAAUGGGUUCUUUACUUUUUCUCAAGUCAUUGCACUUGAGAAACAAUAACCUUUCUGGAGAAGUUCCUUCAUCUUUGAAGAAUUGCACCAGUUUGGUUUCACUUGAUCUUAGUGGCAAUCAAUUCACUGGAAACAUACCUGUUUGGAUUGGAGAAAGCCUAACUUCUUUGAGGUUUCUAAUGCUUCGGUCGAACAUGUUUUAUGGAAACAUUCCCCCACAGUUAUCACUUCUGAGUGCUCUUGACUUCUUGGAUCUCGCACAGAAUAAUCUAUCAGGAAACAUUCCCAGUAGUUUCAGCAACCUGAGUACCAUGGCUGUUGAAAACAGAAAGGUCGGACCUGUUUUGUAUGACCUUUCUGGCACUAUUGCGAAGAUAACAAAGAAAAACAGAACCUCAGUUGUGGUACCAAUGAUUUUUUUGGACAGCUAUCAAGAGGUAAUCGGCUUGGAUCUUUCAAACAACAAUCUAUCUGGUGAGAUUCCUGAAGAACUUACGGGUCUUUUUGGAUUGCGCUUCUUGAAUUUAUCGGGAAAUCAUUUGAUGGGAAUGAUACCAGGGAGUAUCAGCAGAUUACGGGUACUAAAAGUCCUGGAUCUGUCAAGAAAUCAGAUUUCCGGUGUGAUUCCUCCUAGCAUGGCUCAUUUAACUUCCCUAAGUUGGUUGAAUCUGUCAUACAACAACUUGUCGGGGUGUAUUCCACGCAACGGACAAUUUUCAUCCUUUGGUACCUCAUUAUUCAUUGGCAAUUACGAUCUCUCUUUUCCUUCACCUGCAAAUGACUGCCCCGACUGGCCCGACUACCCCGACAAUGGACAACAUCAAUAUCCAAAGGUUGGUAGCAAGGAUAGAGAAGAAGAAAGUGCCGAUGCUCGUGAAAUGAUAAUGUUUUGUACAAGCAUAGAACUGGGAUUUGUGGUUGGGUUUUGGGGAUUCUGUGGCGUUUUAAUCUUCAAGAAACAUUGGAGGAUUGCCUAUUAUCGAUUCAUGGACGACAAGAAAGAAAGUUUCCUAUCUACAGUGGAAAUAAAGAUAGCGAGAUUGCAAAGAAGGAUAUCCAGACAAAAACAAGUAGGCCAAGGGUGAGGAAGAUUUGUGAGCAUGUUUGAUGUAGAACGUUUGUUAACGAUGUUUUUACUUUAAUUUUCUGAAAUAUUGAAAUUUCCAUAAGACUCGUUUGAUGCAUUACUUUCAUAAAUA